GCAAGGCUCGUGGUGCCAGGAGUCCACACAGCAUCAGUGCGCAGUCUCUUCACCAGUCAGAGCUCCGGUCUCCAGCGCUGCCGUUACGCACAGGUUCAUCUGAUCUCCAAGCUCCAGACUUACAAAGACACGAACACGGAUUUUCCUCUUUAUGACACGAUGUAAGGCAGAUAUGUGGGCUUUUCGUUAAAGGAUAUGGUAACUGUUGAGCUGCCAAAGUGGAGCCGCGCGUAUCACGGAUCGGGGCGCUCCUGCAGGGUCUAGGAUGCGCGCCCGGAACAUCCCGAUUUUUACCCGGGUUCGGGGCUGAGCAGGAGUCCUCUACCCCUGCAGGGCGCAGAGGCGGGAGGAGGACGCAGUCGACCCGCACCAGGAUGCCUGUGAUGAGAGGUCUGCUGGCCCCGCAGAACACCUUCCUCGACACCAUCGCCACCCGUUUCGAUGGCACCCACAGUAACUUUGUGCUGGGGAAUGCACAGGUCCAGUCUCUGUAUCCCAUCGUUUAUUGUUCCGAUGGCUUCUGUGAACUCACUGGCUAUGCCCGUGCCGAACUGAUGCAGAAGAGCUGUGCCUGCCAUUUCCUGUAUGGGCCGGAGACCAGUGAUAAGCUGAUGGCACAGAUUCAGGAUGCCCUGGAUGACAGGCGGGAGUUUAAGACAGAGCUGGUCUUCUACAAAAAAGGAGGAACUCAGUUUUGGUGUCUUUUGGAUAUUGUGCCCAUUAAGAAUGAGAAGGGAGAGGUGGUUCUCUUUCUAGUGUCACACAAGGACAUAACAGACAACAAGAAAGUACAAGAUGAAGAACAGAGUCCAGAAAGAGACGAGGAGACGGGGCUGAAGGUGCACAAGGUCAUGCAACCACCGGGCUUCAGUGCCAACCGGCGACGCAGUAGAGCUGUGCUUUACCAGCUGUCUGGACACCUGCAGAAGCAAGACAAGAGCAAACUCAAGAUCAACAACAACAUGUUCGGUGAGAAGCCGCCCAUCCCAGAGUACAAAGUGGCAGCCAUUCAGAAGAGCCGCUUUAUUCUUCUCCAUUACGGCACCUUCAAAGCUGGCUGGGAUUGGCUGAUCUUGCUAGCCACCUUUUAUGUAGCAGUUACUGUGCCCUACAAUGUGUGUUUCACCGUCGUCGGUGGGCGGGAUGAGUUGUCGACCACAAGAAAUCCACCGAGUGUUAGCGACAUCUUGGUAGAAAUUCUUUUCAUGUUAGAUAUUUUGUUAAACUUUCGCACCACAUUUGUGAGCACAUCAGGCCAGGUGGUGUAUGAUGCGCGCUCUAUCUGUGUGCAUUACGUCACCACCUGGCUCUUUGUUGACCUGAUUGCGGCGCUACCUUUUGACCUGUUGUACGCCUUCAAUGUCAGUGUGUACUUUGGAGUUCAUCUGCUGAAAACAGUUCGAUUGUUACGGCUUCUACGCUUGCUGCAAAAGCUGGAGCGCUACUCCCAGUACAGCGCAGUGGUCCUCACAUUACUUAUGUCCAUGUUCGCCUUGCUGGCACAUUGGAUGGCCUGUGUCUGGUAUGUCAUCGGCCGCAGCGAGAUUGAGAACAGCCCUGGUUCCUGGGACAUCGGCUGGUUGCAUGAGCUGGGUAAACGUCUGGGAACCCCCUAUUUUCUGUCCCCUCUUGCAUCCCUCAUUCCUGAUUCACUGCGCCCCACCAUCUUGGAUGGAUUGGUGGUCAAUUCAAGCCAGUGGAACGGCACUGAUCUGGUGGGACAUGAGUCUGUGUGGAACUCGAGCCAAUUGAACACAACAGGAGCGGAGCCAGUGGGCACUUCAAACACAGGACAGACUGGAGCCGUGCUGGGAGGCGGGCCCUCGAUUCGGAGUUCAUAUGUGACAUCACUGUACUUUGCUUUAAGCAGUCUGACCAGCGUGGGCUUUGGCAAUGUCUCAGCUAAUACUGACUCAGAGAAGAUCUUCUCUAUCUGCACCAUGCUGAUUGGAGCACUCAUGCAUGCCGCGGUCUUCGGUAACGUGACGGCCAUUAUUCAGAGGAUGUACUCACGCCGCUCUCUCUAUCACACUCGUACCAAAGACCUCAAAGACUUCAUCCGAGUGCAUCGACUGCCAAAGGCCCUCGCGCAGCGCAUGCUGGAGUGCUUUCAGACCACAUGGUCUGUCAACAAUGGCAUCGAUGUCAGCGAGCUUUUGAAGGACUUCCCAGAUGAAUUGCGGGCUGACAUUGCUAUGCACCUGAAUAAAGAGCUUCUCCAGCUGCCUCUGUUUGAGUCGGCCAGUCGAGGGUGUCUGCGCUCUCUGUCGCUUAUCAUCAAAACCUCCUUUUGUGCUCCAGGAGAGUUCCUCAUUCGCCAGGGUGAUGCUCUGCAGGCCAUCUACUUUGUCUGCUCAGGCUCCAUGGAAGUGCUCAAGGACAACACUGUGCUGGCUAUACUGGGAAAGGGAGACCUGAUUGGAUCGGAUUCGCUGACAAAAGAGCAGGUGAUCAAGACCAACGCAAAUGUGAAAGCACUGACAUAUUGUGACCUGCAGUACAUCAGCCUAAAGGGACUGCGUGAAGUGCUGCGCCUCUAUCCUGAAUAUGCCCAGAAGUUUGUCAGCGAAAUUCAGCACGAUCUCACCUAUAACCUGCGGGAGGGCAGUGGAGCUGACCUGGACUGGGAAAGCAACGGUGGUCUGGUGAAGAAACUUCCUGCUAUCCGUGAGGACGAGGAGAAUGAUGAAGAGCAGCACUCUGUGUCAAGGGCCCCACGAUCUCCCCUUCGCCUCACCCGGGGCCUCAGCUCCCCCCUGCGAUCGCCUCUCCUCCCCCCUCGCCCCUUCCGCCCUCCGUCAGACCACACGCGACCCGCCACCCUCCAGAUCCCUGUGGUCAGUUUCAGCAGUGCCCCUCCAGAACUCAGCCCCAGGUUUGUGGAUGGCAUAGAGACAGAAAGCAAUUCCAGCUCAUCACAAAGGUUUGAGUUCGGUCCCUCCCUACCUCAGAGCGGUCCUCCAUCCCCUUCCCCAGUGAACCAGGAGCAGCUGGAGACCAAGCAGAGCAUCACCAAACUGAGUGAGGAGAUGACUAGUCUAUCCCAGCAAGUCUCUCAGCUGAGCAAAGAGCUACAGGAAAUGACACGUCUCCUCAGGCCCUUGCUUGUCAUUGGAUCUCAACCUCUCCUGACAGCCCUUAAUCAAACAAUGCCUCCGUCUCCCAGCAGUAGCAGCGGUCCAACAAUAUCCACACCACCAGCUCCUUCGCCCACAGUCACAUCGUCUGCACCACUCAGACCUGCUUGCCCCCUAUUAGGCAGCGCAGACACUGGGAGCAUUGGCUUGCCCAGCUGUCUCAUACCCACCAACCUGCCGCAGAGACCCCAAGCACAAGUUCAGGCAGACUGUUCGAGGGGACCUUUCUUGCCAGUCCAUCUUUCUCCAGUGACAGCCCAAAUGGAGGGGGAAGGGACCCAGGCAACUCCGGCCCAGCCACCGCAAGCCAGCCACCACCUAUCCCCAUCUCUAACCUUUUCCUUAUCGCUCCCUUCUUUCCGCUCCCAAUCCACUUCCUGCUCUCCCUGCCAGGGUCCUCACCGACCUGCCAGUCACAGCAGAGGUUUGCUACCUCAUGCCCCCUCACAGGACACCCCACCUCCACCACCCUCUCACUGCUCUGCACCACCCUCGAUCAAUAACUCCCCUGGUGACCACAGGGUGGGAUUCAGUCCAUUUCCCUCGUCCCCUUCCUCCACUGCCACCGCCCCUCAGGUCCAGCCACGGUCGUGCACUCCUCCUUCUUGUCCACACACUUCCCCACCCUUGCCCUGCUUCCUGGACUCCCUGCCAGAAACCCAGGCCUCUUUUGUCACUUCACAGUCCCUGCAGAACCCCAGGCCAAGACCUCCUCAGUUAGAGUUUGAAAUGCAAGAAUGGGCAGCAGGAGGGAGGCCUUCCACAGAGCAUAUCACCUUCAUAGAUGAAGAAGGACCGCCACUGUGAGAGAAUGAAUGAUGAAUACUACGAUUAGUCAACUUUUAUUAAAUAGGGGAGUGGUGAACUGGGCUGUGACUGCAGUUACCCUAACACAACUACAUUGUGAAUGACAGACAAAACGGAUCGCUGUUCCUUAAGGACAAUACUCUUGUAAGUGGACAGCUUGUGGCUCUGUUCUAAACCCUAGUGAGCUACCUACUUUUACAGAGAGCAAUUUUAGGGUUGAUAGGCUAGGCAUGGUACUGACACCUUUUUCAAAUGGUAGACAGCUAAAAUUAUGCUGUCUUAAAAGCAUAUGAGCAUGUGGCUCAAAUGUAUGUCCCUCUUGUAUGUAUGCAUCACAGAUAAGAUAUCAUCAUCUUCUUCAUUUUUACAAAUCGGAAUCUUGUAAUCAUGGUAAUACCAACAGGAUUUUUACAUUUAUUCACAGUAGACUCCACAUAGAGUCUUAUUUUACAUGCUGACAGAAAUUGUCAACAAAGAAAAGCAUUGAUAGGAACAGUUCCUAAUUAUAAAUGAAAAUGUUGAGUCUAAUAUUUUAUGCCAGACUCUAUUGGAAUCAACUGUGAACAACCUUCUUGUGCUGUUAGAUAGGUUAAUGUGUUUUGAUGGCUUUUAGACUGGGUUUUGGGAACUUGCCAGCUGGUCAGGUUGAGAGACAAUUGAUACAAAUUAAAAUGGUUUUGAUUCAGUCAUUUAUGAGGUUAGAAUGUUACUUUAAAUUGUAGCUGCCUAUGCAGACAGCUUUCUAUGAUUUGGAACAGAGCCACAGUGGCAUUCACCACCUGGGAGCACCUCAGUACCUGACACCAGUCAGUCAAUCUCCUCUGAGCACAGCUUCAUGAAGUUCCUCUUCUAAAGGCAUUCUAGGUUCUUCACAGGCAUCAUAAUCAACAAAGCACGGUGGCCAGAACUGCAAAGAUCCUGCUGUGGUCAUACCUUGCUACGGGAGUUUAAUAUAACAAGUGAAAGUGCACUGAUUAACUUGCAUGGCUGUGCACUAAUCACGCACAGAAUACAGGAAUUGUCAGGUGGUGUUUCUUAUCUCUGUAUUACCAAAACCAUGUUUUUAUUCUACAAAUUACCCACCUUGUAAAUCGAGUUCAUAUUUGAAUUUCUAGAACUGAUAAAUGAAUAAGCUGUCACAAUACAUUAUCCAUAAUACUUCAUUUGUUUUAACCAGACUGUCCCAGGUCACCUAACACAUUCACUAACAAGAACCAUGAGUUGCAUAUUCAGUCAGAAUGGAGACCUUGGGAAAUGCCUGUCCUCCACUUCUGAAAAUUGAUCAAUUAAUAAGCUGAAGGUGUAACACUUCCCUGACAGGCACACACAUACACAUAGAUACUUACAUUCAUUCAUACACACAUACACACACACACACAAUA